UCUAGAUCUAGAACUAGAGCACCAUUGUGAUUUGUAUUAAUUUGAUUUUUAGUUUCACUUUGGUAGUUGUUCAUCGUUAAUAAAAAUAGACCCAGAUUAUAAACAAAAUGUUCGACGCCGCAGCUGAUCGGCAGAAAAAGCAAGCGGAUGAGCGCCGCAAAGAAGCAAGGAAACGCUUGCUCAAACAGCAACAGGAUGAUGCAAAGGCUAAAGAAAUGGCUGCUCAACGCGAAGCCAAGGAAGUGGAGUUUUUGAGACAGAAACGGCUAGCAGAGGAGGAACGUGAGGAGCGGUUGUAUCGCACGGGAGGCGUCUUCUUUGAAAGAGAGUUUUUAGUGGUGCCAGACAGCAGAGGAGACGAC